GUGAAGUGAAAACCCCCUGUUUUUGUUUUUGGAAAUUUUCCCCUGCGCCGGCAAGGUUUGAGCUGAAGGAAAACGGGUGAUCAGUGGAUCCGGGGAGGAUUCCCUAGAAAGAGAGGGCAAGGCCAUGAAGCUAACAUUAACGACAACAACGACGACGACGAAUGGUGGGCCGAUCGGAGGACUACUCUACCGACCGCGAACACUUCCGAGGCUGGCCAACAGGAUCCCGAUAAGAACUGCUCGGACUUCUCUUCUCCAUCGGCUCAUCAAUACCUCCUCGACCGCCUACCCCUCUGGCUCGGUCAAAAAUCCAACCCAGAUCAUCUCAUCCAUUUCCUCCCCGGAGUCGGUCUCUCGAUCCGAGAAGUCUAGGACCGUCCCGGAGUCCCAUCGAGAGUUACCAGAAUUACCAAGUCGGACGCCACUCUAUGUUGGCAGUUUCCUCGUGAUCGCGUCAGUAUGGGCCGGGUUCAUAUACUUCUCGACGAAUGCCGAGAAGGCCAACUCAUCGAUCGUCAAGGCGGUCCUGUUCGAGCUCAGGAGUAAUCCCAGCGUCCUUGCUGCCCUCGGACAGUCUAUCAAGCCCGAGAAGGACGACAUGUUCGGUCAGCUAUGGGUCGAUGGCCAGAUCAAUCUCAUGCAAGGCUCCGUCGAUGUCGCUUUCCGAGUCACCGGCUCUGAACGCUCGGGAAAGGUAUACUUCACGUCGGUCCGGCGAGAGAGGGGAUCGGAGUUCGAGAUCAUUCGAUGGAAGUUGAUCCGAGACGAUGGUGUGAUCGUUGACCUUAUAAACGAAGGCACCCAAGCCCGACCGGUCCUGUUGACGGGCACGGACAACGACAGCGUGGCCAUCGGCCCUCUGCGGUCCAGCCAGCUGGCCUCCGGGAGCGCUCCCUCUGGAUCCCCUGGCCCUAGUGCUACCCGGCUGGUCUGAACUCCAUAGAGGCCAUCCUUUUCCUCCUUAUAUACAACAUCUUUGUAUAUGGUUUCUUUCACAUAAUCUAAGUCCCUCCGAAGUGCACCCAAGAAAAAUCCUUCGCAAGUGCGCCGUACAAGGAUCGGACUCUAGUUGCCGACGUGGUUGUUCGUCCGAACCAUCCCAGAUCCUCUCACAUACAUUGUUCUAUCUGACCAGAAGUAGAAAGAGACAGAGUGUACAUUCCAGCUUAGAUAAGGUGGGCCAAGCCGAUCCAGUGAGCUUGCAGAGCAUAAACUGACUGUGGUGUAAGAGGUCGAUCGGUAACCUACUUUAUAUAGACACACAAAUAUACAGCUUUAUGAGGAAACGAUUAAGUUCAUUGACCGAUAUUCCCA